AUGGAACAGGACUUUGCAAAGGCAGGAAAAGUAGGUGCUGAUGUCGCGCAUCUUGAAUCUAUUGUCUAUACAGGCUUCUCGGACGAAGAGGCCGCAAUCCUACGUGCGUAUGAAGGAAAACGAGGCAAGCAGGUUAUCAGAAAGAUUGACCGACAUGUUAUCCCUGUUCUCGGAUUGCUUUACCUUUUCUCGCACGUUGGCCGUUCGAAUCUGAGUAAUGCAAAAAUUAAGGGGAUGGGUAGGGACUUGAACCUUGUUGGGAACCAGUACAACAUUGCGAGCAGUCUAUUCUUCGUUCCUUAUAUUAUCUUCGAAGAGAAGCAAUAUCUCGAUCUUCGCUGCCGACAGAGCGGCAAUUGGCCCAGCACCGGAGAAGAAGAUAGAUUCUCCUGGUCAUUGCUGCUCAAUACAAUGCUAGACUGGAAGAUCCUCCUAGGGGCGCUAAUGGGUAUGAUCAACGCCGCCCCUAAUGCGGCAUUUUCCUACACAAUGCCUACAAUCAUCAAAAAGUUGAGCUUCGAAUCGCAGGAUGCGCAGUUACUGACGAUUCCACCAUACUUCUGCGGAGCUGUUUCUAGUUAA